AUGGUGACAAUAAUGAGCGGGGAUCUUGGCCAUAGCGUCAUGAUCGAUUCGGACGACGAAGAUGGAUGCCCGAGUUCACCAGGAUCAAUGCAUUAUGAAGACAGCGGUGAUCUUAUGUCUGUGGCCAUGGGCGAUGAGGUUACUGCCCAACUCGCCGCGGCAGGUUGGCACACUAUUCAUGGACCAGUCGGAGUUGCUGCUGCCGCAGCGAUUUGUUCUGCCAAAAAGCGGAAACGGCCGCAUUCAUUCGAAACGAAUCCAUCGAUUCGAAAAAGGCAACAAAAUAGACUACUUAGAAAGUUACGACAAACCAUUGAUGAAUUUGCGACAAGAGUUGGUCAACAAGCCGUCGUGUUGGUUGCAACCCCUGGAAAACCCAACACAAGUUUCAAAUGUUUCGGAGCCAAACCUUUGGAAGAUGUUGUAAAAAAUUUAAGGUCCGUUAUUAUGGAAGAACUUGAAACUGCUUUGGCACAGCAGGCACCGCCUCCGGUACAAGAUGAUCCAUCUUUAUACGAGUUGCCUCCUCUCAUCAUAGACGGUAUUCCUACGCCCGUUGAAAAAAUGACACAAGCACAAUUGCGAGCUUUUAUACCACUUAUGCUAAAAUAUUCAACAGGUCGUGGAAAACCAGGUUGGGGUAGAGAAACUACCAGGCCUCCAUGGUGGCCGAAAGAGUUACCUUGGGCAAAUGUGAGAAUGGAUGCCAGAUCGGAAGAAGAAAAGCAAAAGAUCUCUUGGACUCAUGCUUUGCGGCAGAUUGUAAUCAACUGUUACAAAUUUCACGGUAGAGAAGAUUUACUUCCGGCCUUUUCCGAGGACGACGAUAAGGCGAGUGGAGUCAUCAAGUUGCAGCACACAAAAGUGAUUGCUGCUGCCCAGGCUCAAAUCACAUUUAGUCCGACACACAACGCAUUGGCUCAGGUACAGACAUCGUAUGCUCCAGCCGUUCUUCAAACAAUUUCAAAUCCUGAUGGAACCGUGUCCAUUAUACAGGUCGAUCCAAAUAAUCCGAUAAUAACUUUACCAGAUGGCACAACAGCUCAAGUUCAAGGAGUGGCAACGAUACACGCUUCCCAGGGAGAUGGAACUCAAACGGUUCAUACAGUUCAAACCAUACAGGAUAGUGUGACGGGUGAAAGCGUUGCCGUUGAUCUCAAUAAUGUUACAGAAGCAACAUUGAAUCAAGAUGGACAGAUUAUUUUAACGGGAGAAGAUGGCCAUGGUUAUCCGGUUUCAGUUUCAGGAAUGAUAACCGUACCUGUAUCUGCAUCAAUGUAUCAAACGGUCGUUGCUAAUAUUCAACAUUUAACGCAAGCCAGUGACGGAACGAUGCAGGUUGUGACGCCAGUCGUUCAAGUACCUAAAGUUGAACCCUCUAACGAAAACGGAGUGGAAACUAUAACGGUGACGUCAUCGGGUAACAUUGUCGGACAUCAAAUGGUGGCAAUGGGAAACGGUAACGAACCUCAAGUUCUUCAGGUACUCUCAUUGAAAGAUGCUUCCGUAUUGACGAAAGCCAUAGCUGCACAACAAGCUCAAAACGUUGCCGAAGUUAAAACCGAAAUAAUAGAUGAAUAA